AUGCCCAAGGUCGUUUAUCUCAUGAGGCAUGGGGAAGCGAGGCAUAAUUUGGUGGACACAGGACCUAACAGCUACGAACGGCGUCGAGAUGAAAAUCUGGUGGAUCCACCUCUGACCGAGACUGGAAUGGCCCAAGUGCAAGCGGCCAGAGGAAAGGUACAAGAGAUGCUGCUGGCGUCCGGGGACUCUGCUUUUGACGUUGUGGUGAGUUCGACCCUUCGACGGGCAUUGCAAAGUGCUGAGCUAUGCAUGACACCCCUGAAGAAGGACGACUCUCCUUUGAUAGCUUUGCCCAAGAUGGCUGAGAUUCAAUGUGAUGACAUAUGGAAUGAGAUCCGAUCACAAGAGCAAGUUCAAGCAGACUGGCCAUUAUGGAGUUGUCAUGGAGGCUUUGUUUGCGAAUCUCAGAACCAGUUAGAUUCUGCGCAAUCCUUGAUUCAACGAGCCGAAUAUGUUUGGAAGGAGCUCUCCAGAAUGCCUGGUUCAGUCAUUGGUGUCUCCGCCCAUGGCUGCUUGCUGUUUUUCCUCUCUCGCCGCAUCGCCGCCGCGCAGAACCGUCGCCUGGCUCCCUUCCAGGAGGAGAAAUGGCGAAACGGCGAAGUACGACGGCAAGUGUUGCCAGCGUUUGAUGGUCGGGCCAUGAGCUGGGAGGAGUUUGGUGGCUUCCUACAUGAGCCGGACUUUGACUUCUACAAUCGCUAUCAUCGCAGAGUCCAAGUCGUGAAUGCUGCAAGACUGCGUGGCUCUGCUCCGCCACAGUGGACUGACCGAGAAUGGCGGUUUGCUCGCAGUGACUCAGAGAUUGAUGCAGAAGCGGAUAUUGAACUCUCAAGUUUUCCAUCGCUCAUGAUAAAGGGUUGGAACUUCAACAACCUUUUGCGAUGCUUUUUCUGUGGCCCAGGGUGCUUGUUCUUCCACUUUUUCGUAUUUUCGAAGUCAAGACCCAUGUCUUUUUGGAGCAUGUCUUUUUGUCCACCGUCUUUUCCAACGUCUUUCUGUCCAGGUUUGGAAAAAGUGUUGGCAGACUUCCCCGCUUUGCCGCGCUAUGUCAGCUGUAUCGAAGAAAGGUCAGCUGUAUGGAAGACUAAGAUAUUGCAAAGAGCACUCGUUGGGGCCAUGUCGUCCUUAGAUGAGAUCCAAUCACUGAUCAAUUCAGCCAAAGAUGAACUUGCUGAAAGCCGCAGAAUGAAGGAACAGGUUGAACAUGAGACGGUCCAGGCUCUUCAUCGCCAGCAGAUGAGAAGACAGCUGGAUGUGAUUCGGGAAGCCAUCCAUUCGAACCAGUGCUCCAUUGCAAGCUCCCGCGCAUAUCGGGAAAGAAUUGACUCAGACAGUGAUGGCACCUUCAUGCCUGGAAAGCCACGACCAGCACAAGACCCCGUGAGCUGUGCUGGGCGACCAGCAGGGGAAGUCACCACCUACAGCAAAGUCAUUGACAGACACGAGUAUGUAUGGCGCAUUGAAGGCAUGUCUUGGCUGGUUGUGGCACUCAAGAAGAGGGCACAAUCUGUAGCUGCUGCAGAGCAGCCGUUUCUAGUGGGAGACACAAGCUUUGAAUGUGUCUAUCAUCCGCGCAGUGGCGAAAUCGGUGACGACAACCAACGUGGGUCACUGGCCAUCAUCCACAACGAGAGCGGGGGCAUCACCUUUCGGCAUCAGUUCUUCAUCAAGCGCAGCGAUGGAGAGUAUGUUCAGUGGGGGCCCACUUCGGAAGAGAGCCAUCCAUUGAGCGACACAUUGGGCCGAGCCUUUGGGCCAGAUGUGCACGAAGGACAUGGCCCUGCCAAGCCUGUUGGGAUCUUCGGCCUGACUCAUGAGCAGCUGUUGCGAUCCGAGUGGGUCACGGGAGAUGCUCUCAGCGUGAAAAUCAAAGUGGAAGUGCUUCCACCGGAAGAUGGCUUUUCAACAAAGAUCGUGAAAACGUCGCGAGUGGACGUCCCUUCAUCGUCCAUUUGCUCGCACUUCCGAGCUCUCUUUGAUAGCGGCAAAGGUGCAGACGUGACAUUUAUGGUCAAGGGCGAAGAGAUCCGCGCGCAUUCCCAGAUCCUGCUUGCACGCUCCGAGUUUUUUGCCAGUGAGCUUUUUGGCGCGAUGCGCGAAUCGAUCUCGAAAGAGAUCGUCGUGGAAGACUGCGAAGUUGACAUUUUCAAGGCCAUGCUGCAGUUCUUGUACACUGAUGAUUUCGAUCACAUUCAAGAGCUGGUGGAGCAUGUUUGCAGAAAUCAGAAGGCGGUGGACAGCAGGAAUUGCAACCUGGCCAAGGUCAGUGCAGAGAUCCAGCUGCUGCAUCAGCUGCUGCAGAUUAGCCACCGAUACCAGGUGAACCGCUUGCAGCUCUGGUGUGAAGCGCGGCUUUGCAAUCGCAUGACGGUCAGUGAGGUCUCGGGUGUGCUGUGCCAGGCGCACCUCUUUGACGCCAAGCAAUUGCAGCGAGCUUGUCUUGCAUUCAUCAAAGAAAACGUGGAAGCUGUCGCCAACACGCCGGGGUUUCUGAAGUUGACGACCGAUUGGCCAGAGGUGAUGCUCAAAGUCACCCUAUUCAAUGCAGGUCUUUGCGACAAUGCUGCCCACUCAGUGGUGGAAGCACAGCGAGAAGCUUUGCGCGGACUGAAACGCAAGCGCUUUGAGUGA